AUGAGUGCUCGGCAUUCGGUUGUCUCGUUGAUCUCUCAGACCGCAGAGGAUCCGUCCUUUCCCCAAGUUGAGACCAAAUUAGUUGAGGAUGAGGGAAUAAUGACAUUGCCUUCCUUGAGCUCCAAAGAUGAUGAUGGGCUUUCUGAUUCGAGCGAUGAGGUCGAGAGGAUGGCCAUGAAGACUCUCGCUCACUUUCCUGAGGUUGUGAGUGUAACAGAUCAUAUUUUGACGGUCUUAUUUAGCGAAUGGGGGAAUCUAGCGGCUCUGGACGUGUUGUGCAACCUGAUUUUCUAAUUUCCCCAGGCAAGACGGGAAAGAUUGAUGAGAAAUCCGAAGUGAAAACAGAGAAUAAAACGGAAAACGGUAUUUAUUUGCUAUUAUUUGAGCCGAAAGGAGAGAAGGCCUCCUAAAAGCAAACGCGCCCUGUGCAGCUUUGUCCGAGUGGUUAAGGAGUCAGACUCGAAAUCUGAUGGGCUCUGCCCGCGCAGGUUCGAAUCCUGCAGGCUGCGAUUUCAUUUUUUUCAAAUUACUGAUAAGUAUUUUUUGCAGCGAACAUCCAGAACGAGUUUGGAAUAUGUGGAUGGAUUUUGACUGGGCUAUCCUAUAUUUUGAUAUUUUUUACCAUGCCUAUUUCGUUAUGUAUGUGUAUAAAAGUGGUCCAGGAAUACGAGAGGGCAGUCAUUUUUCGGCUUGGUCGAUUAAUGCCCGGAGGCGCUAAAGGACCAGGUAGAUUUAAAAAAAUCUUUCAUAUCAGUGACAAAUAAUAAAAUAACUUUUUCAGGCAUUUUCUUUAUUGUUCCAUGUAUUGACACAUAUCGCAAGGUUGAUCUAAGGGUUCUAUCGUUCGAAGUUCCGCCUCAAGAAGUAAGUGCCUCUUAACCCUUUCCGGACGAGUCGGCACGUAUAUAUUAAAAUGAAAGAGGGUACCCUACUGAGUAACGGCAUAAUAGUGGUUCAGCCCAUCGAAGCGUUAUUUGGGACUUAUGACAAAAAAUGUCCUAAAAAGUACCCCUACUUGACAUAUCACUUUUAAAAUUUUUGCGACAAGCUGUAAAACGGAAACUACUCAUAAAUUAAAGUCGAGGAGUCUUAGUAUUGUUACAUCCAAGAACUGUCCAAAUCGGAGCACCAUAGGAUUUGUUAUCGAUUUUUGGAAAUUGAAUUUUUAAUUUUGGUCAAUUUUGGACCUAAAAUCAAGUAUAUCUUCCGCCGGAAUCAACCAUUUCGGUCCAAACGUGGUUUUUCCGAAUCUAUUGUGAUCCUACCUUCUUACUAGAACAUUUCCACAAAAAACCUAUGAGGCAUAUUUCUGUAAAACGCGGAAAUGUUGAAAGUGUAAAGGUUUGAUCGUAUAAAAUGUCGCCGCGAGCCGCGGAGGGACGGGCGCAGCUCGAAACGAGAAAAUAUUUUAAAAUUUUUCCAGAAGUUUGAUUUUAGCGUGAAACCAAAUUAAACUCGAUUGAAAUUGCCUGAAAACAGAGUAAAAAUAUAAAAAUGGCAUUUAGGUAAUGUUUGCGUGCUAUUUCUGCCUGUAUUUCGUGUUGAAAUCAGCUUUUCGACACCAAAAUAAUAUUUCUUGAAGAAAAAAUUAUUAUUUUCUCGUUUCGAGCUGCGCCCGUCCCUUCGCGGCUCGCGGCGACAUUUUAUACGAUCAAACCUUUACACUUUCAACAUUUCCGCGUUUUACAGAAAUAUGCCUCAUAGGUUUUUUGUGGAAAUGUUCUAGUAAGAAGGUAGGAUCACAAUAGAUUCGGAAAAACCACGUUUGGACCGAAAUGGUUGAUACCGGCGGAAGAUAUACUUGAUUUUAGGCCCAAAAUUGACCAAAAUUAAAAAUUCAAUUUCCAAAAAUCGAUAACAAAUCCUAUAGUGCUCCGAUUUGGACAGUUCUUGGAUGUAACAAUACUAGGACUCCUCGACUUUAAUUUAGGGGUAGUUUCCGAUUUACAGCUUGUCGCAAAAAUUUUAAAAGUGAUAUGUCAAGUGGGGGUACUUUUAAGGACAUUUUUUGUCAUAAGUCCCAAAUAACGCUUCGAUGGGCUGAACCACUAUUAUGCCGUUACUCAGUAGGGUACCCUCUUUCAUUUUAAUAUAUACGUGCCGACUCGUCCGGAAAGGGUUAAAAGACGAUUUUUGGCUCGCUGCGUCAGCGGUGGACAUAGGAAAAAAUCGAUUUUGAGUUUUAUGCAUAAAAAUGACCAUUGACAUGUGCUAAAGAAAAGCGAACAACAGUUUUUCUCAAUUCUGCCCGGAAGGCAUAAAUUUGCUUAAAUUUGUCUUUUUUGGAAUUUUCGACCUGGUGACGUCAUAGAAAGAGCAAAUCACCCAAAAUUUUGCUUGGAUACGUUUUCGACCUUUGGGAAUUCAUUUCUUUGAAAAUUAAUUCUCUCAGAUUACUGUAACAUAGGCAUAUUGUAAUCCGGUCGAUAAAAAUCGACCGUAACUCCUUCGUAUCAAAAAUCCCACAGGAUUUUAUUUCAGAUUCGGAAUCAGCAUAAAAUUCUGCAUAUUAUACACAUAAUGUGAGGUCAUAACUCCAGGGGAGAUCGCGUAGUAUAUUGGAUUUUGGCAAAAAUUACGUUUGAAAGGUCGCGGGUUCGAUCCCCGCUUGGUGCAAAUAUUGAAAACACGGCGGAAAUCGCGUUUAAUGAACACCUAAGGGUCAUGUGAGAUACACUAAGCAAUUUUAAACAUUAAUGCAUAUCUAAUUGCGAUUAAAACUGAUUUUAUAUAAUUUUUGGAGACUGAAUAUGCAAAAAAUCAAACUGCUUCAAACCGGUUGAAAUUGACAACACUUAUUCUAGGGUCAAUUCUAAGAAACUUUUCCGUUAACUUUUUAUGGUAGAUUACCGUACCAUGGAUUACUGUAGCGUUAAACGUGUCCUGAUUAACAGCAAUUUUCUAAAAAAUUCUUGCAUAAAAUAUUAAAUCAUUUUAAUUAGUGGCUUUAGACAGCGAAAGGAUCCACUUUCUAUGUAUGAAAGAAAAUUCGCCCUUAAUUGCAACGCGUCUUGAUGUCAUAAUAAAUUGGUGAAAGUGCGUCAAAUAACUCGGCCGUUCCAAACGGUACAGCCAUAAAAAUUUUUUUGUGCACAAGAAAACUCUUUCUUAACCAUCCUGAACACAAUGACGACAAUCCGACUUCUAUGCGCCAUGUGGUAUACGAAAAACCAAAUCAGGUUUAAUGUUACAGUAAUCCACGGUACGGUGAUCUACCAAAAAAAGUUAACGGAAAAGUUUCUUCGAAUUGACCCUAGAAUAAGUGUUGUCAAUUUCAAGCGGUUUGAAGCAGUUUCAUUUCUUGCAUAUUCAGUCUCCAAAAAUUAUAUAAAAUCAGUUUUAAUCGCAAUUAGACAUGCAUUAAUGUUUAAAAUGCUUAGUGUAUCUCACAUGACCCUUAGGUGUUCAUUAAACGCGAUUUCCGCCGUGUUUUCAAUAUUUGCACCAAGCGGGGAUCGAACCCGCGACCUUUCAAACGUAAUUUUUGCCAAAAUCCAAUAUACUACGCGAUCUCCCCUGGAGUUAUGACCUCACAUUAUGUGUAUAAUAUGCAGAAUUUUAUGCUGAUUCCGAAUCUGAAAUAAAAUCCUGUGGGAUUUUUGAUACGAAGGAGUUACGGUCGAUUUUUAUCGACCGGAUUACAAUAUGCCUAUGUUACAGUAAUCUGAGAGAAUUAAUUUUCAAAGAAAUGAAUUCCCAAAGGUCGAAAACGUAUCUAAGCAAAAUUUUGGGUGAUUUGCUCUUUCUAUGACGUCACCAGGUCGAAAAUUCCAAAAAAGACAAAUUUAAGCAAAUUUAUGCCUUCCGGGCAGAAUUGAGAAAAACUGUUGUUUGCUUUUCUUCAGCACAUGUCAAUGGUCAUUUUUAUGCAAAAAACUCAAAAUCGAUUUUUUCCUAUGUCCCGGGUCCAUUACGGGCUGACGCAGCGAGCCAAAAAUCGUCUUUUAAAAGGAACUGGGACGAUUGGGGAAAAAGACGAUUGGGGAAAGGGACGAUUGGGGAAAAAGACGAUUGGGGAAAAGUACGAUUGGGGAAACCGAAAAGUAUUAUUUUUCUUCGAUGCAAAUGUCGAAAUUAGGAUAAUCGAGGGUGCUCAUUUCGAAAAUGACAUUCUUUUUUUUUUGAUUCUUACUUUUUUCUUAAGUAGUACUGUAAAGUAGUAAUUUUUGAUUUUUUUUCAUAAAUACUCGAUUUAAGGGUUUUCGAGGGUGCUGAUUUCGAAUAUCGGGUUUAUUUUUUCUGAACAUUACUAGUGUUCCUUAAGUAGUACUGUUAAGUACUAAUUUUUUAAAAAUUUUCGAAAAAUACUGGAUUUAGGGGAUUUCGAAGGUGCUGGUUUCGAAAAUCAUGUUCAUUUUUCCUCUAGUACUAUAUAGUACUAUUCUGAUACUAUAUAGUACGAGGUCAAAAUAUGGCUUUUGACGUUAAUGGUGUCGUUUUGAUGCUUAGUACUCUUCAAAAACACGUUUUAAAGACUUGGUGCUAUAUAGUACUACCUGAUACUAUGUAGUACGAGGUGUAAAGUUGGCCUUUAGGCGUUCGUGGUGUUGUUCUGGUGCUUAGUACGCCUAUUUUUACUUCGUACUACAUAGUAUCAGACAGUACUAUAUAGCACCAAGUUUUUAAAACGUGUUUUUGAAGAGUACUAAGCAUCAAAACAACACCAUUAACGUCAAAAGCCAUAUUUUCACUUCGUACUAUAUAGUAUCAGAACAGUACUAUAUAGCACCAAGUCUUUAAAACGUGUUUUUGAAGAGUACUAAGCAUCAAAACAACACCAUUAACGUCAAAAGCCAUAUUUUCACUUCGUACUAUAUAGUAUCAGAACAGUACUAUGUAGUACUAGAGGAAAAAUAAACCCGAUAUUCGAAAUCAGCACCCUCGAAAACCCUUAUAUCGAGUAUUUAUGAAAAAAAAUCAAAAAUUACUACUUCACUUUACAGUACUACUUAAGAAAAAAAGUAAGAAUCAAAAAAAAGAAUGUCAUUUUCGAAAUGAGCACCCUCGAUUAUCCUAAUUUCGACAUUUGCAUCGAAGAAAAAUAAUACUUUUCGGUUUCCCCAAUCGUACUUUUCCCCAAUCGUCUUUUUCCCCAAUCGUCCAACUCCGCUCUUAAAAGCCACAUUUCCAACUGCAAUGAUAUUCUCCCUGACUGUUUAGAUUUUAUCAAAAGACUCAGUGACAGUAGCAGUAGACGCCGUUGUAUACUUCCGUAUCUCAAAUGCCACUAUAUCCGUGACAAAUGUCGAGGACGCUAGCCGAUCCACGAAACUACUGGCUCAAACCACGCUAAGAAAUAUACUGGGUACGAAGACGUUAGCAGAGAUGUUAUCGGAUCGGGAAGCGAUCUCUCUUCAGAUCCAGGCAACUCUCGAUGAUGCCACUGAACCUUGGGGAGUGAAGGUGGAAAGAGUGGAGGUUAAGGAUAUCAGACUGCCAGUCCAGUUACAACGGGCAAUGGCAGCUGAAGCCGAAGCGGCCAGAGAAGCCAGAGCAAAGGCAAGCCCCUUAUUCUCAUUGAUAUUACGCAUUAAAUCCUUUUACUGACUUUAAAAUUUACAGGUAAUAGUAGCCGAAGGAGAACAGAAGGCAUCUAAAGCGUUGAAAGAAGCCGCUGAAGUGAUAGCGGAGUCCCCUUCUGCGUUACAACUCAGAUACCUCCAGACCUUGAACUCAAUCAGGUAUAUUGAUCUUGAGGAUUACUGUAUUUUAGUGCGGAGAAAAACUCGACAAUCAUAUUUCCACUGCCAAUCGAUCUGCUCAGCUCUUUCCUCCAUCGUCCAGCCCCGAAGACGUGAGUUCCCUAAACGCUUUUAUUAGGCGGGCCAAGGGUCUUGACAUUUUUCGCAAUGUGCAGGCUUAUGCGGCGGCAUUGCGACGUGGCGGCGCGCAACGAAAAGUCAGCACGGUGCAAAAACAAGAUAAAAACACCUCACUGUCCAAAUGAAAAAAGUUGCGAUGUUUAAAGAAACAAGCACUCCUCUCAUAUACUAGAAAAACGGGUUACUGCCCUUUCGGGGUGGGCCCUUUCGGUGUCAAGGCAAAUACUGGUGUUUUUGGGUCCCGGGCAUAAAUAAUUAUUUUUUUUUAAACUACUGAUUAAUUUUAUGACGUAAUCUUGUAAAAUUUUUGAAAAAAUGAUAAAACAAAUUCGUUUUAAAAAUUCCUGUCUCUUUAAUUUUGAAAAAAAACCCAAAAAAUGAAUGUGAUUUUCGAAACCCCACGAGUCAGUCUGUUUCCAAAGCUCUAAAAAAUAUUUUGAAUAUUCAAUAAUCAGAAUAAAAAAUGUAAGAAAAAAUGAUUGUGAUUUUCGGAUUAAAUGUGCCGAACUACCUCAGAAUCUACAUUUUUCAACCAUAACUAUUUUUUUCAAAAAUUUUACGAGAUUACGUCAUAAAAUUAAUCAGUAGUUAAUAUAAGGAUGGUGACAUACAAAUCAAAUCGGUUUUCGUGGCCAGAAACCGCGAUUUCUUGUCUGUUAGGGCUCUAGACAAGAAAUGCGUAAUUCUUGUCUGAAAUUGCGUAACAUUGCGCAAAUUUCUGCUCUCUCCCCGUGGAGAUUUUUUUCUUUUUUUCUCUGCUCAGACAAGAAUUGCGCAUUUCUUGUCUAGAAGCCUAACAGACAAGAAAUGACGGUUUCUGGCCACGAAACCCGAUUUGAUUUGUAUGUCACCAUCCUUAUAUAAUUGUUUAUGCUCCAGGACCGGGGGACCCCAGUAUUUGCCUUGAACCCGAAAGGGCCUGUUUCCUAAAAGAACAAAUGUAUAAAAGAUGUAUCAGUCUGUCGGGAAAAUACGGCGGGUCGUCGCGCCACGAAAUCGCUCAUCAUCACUUUGCGACGGCUGCCGAAGCUAGAGUUUGGUGCGCGUCUGCACCUUUUUCCGACGAGGUGAGACAUUUUGCUGCGACGACCCGCCGUUAUUUUCCCGACAGACUAAUACAUGUCUUUGCUUUAUGAAUCACCGAUAUCAUGUACAAUAUAAUCAGAUUUUCUAUCCAGAGUGCCUUCCUACUGCGUGAAGUGAGAGAAAAGUACACUGCUAGACGUUUCCAAAAAAAAAAAAAAAAUAGUUGUAAAAGGUACAGUGCAGUUUGAUUCGCGCGACAUAAGUUGCUUUCUCCCUUCCCAGCGAACUCCAUUUCGCAUUGUGUGGGCCGGAGUGCACUCUGAAUUUUACUUGUCGCUGAUCGAAAAGUCGCGACAAGGUUUUUGUGCGUCGAUGCACUGUGCAGACAUGCCAAGACUCUUUGGCCCGCUUAGUAGUAGACUAAACGGCUCUAUAAUGCUGUUGUCAUCAUAUAAGUCAUAACUAAAUAUUGUAAUGUCGCUUUCAUUUGCGUGGUUCUAGUGAUGGUAAAACGCACGUUGCUUGA